CUCUAUGCAGAGAUACUGAUAACAUCAAUCCGAAUUUUUGGAGAAUAAGAUUCCUUUUUACACGACUUUCUUGAUUUUUAACAAGUUCUGAUCUCUGUAUAUGCUCUUCCUGCAGAUUUGCGAGUCUCUCUGUGGAACUCUCUAACUUCCUUGGUCAAUACUAAUCAUCAACAUCAUGGCUUCAACAUCCACAGAAAAUAACCAAGCAGAAGGAUAUUGUAACACGUGUGACGUCACAGCUGGUUCAAAACACUUCGUUUCAGAGGCCCAUUUUAAGAAAUUGUACAAAACUACUACCCCUAUACUGAUAGAGACAGCUAUAAGUGGUCGAGCAAAGAAUUAUUUUGUGAAAAAUUUCGAUGAAAAACUACUCGAUUUGAAUGUGU